AGAAAUUCAACCGCCCCAUGUUUAGCAAUCACGAGAUAACUGGAGAUAACCAAGCUGUGGGAGAGUCAGGGAACAGAAAUGUGGCGGAAAAAGGACAAUCUAGAAAUGAGGAUUCCUCACACGAUACCAAGGAACGUCUUCGAGGCCUACAGAUGCUCGUACGAAACCACGCGGUUGUCGAGCGAGUUGGAGAGGACGAUUCGAUCGGAGGAUGUCUCCUGGGUAGAGGGAAGGGUCCCGCCCUUGAGAAUCCUAGCUACCUACGUGAUAGCGUCCUCGUGGAAGGAUAACCCUGUACUGGAAGAGCUGCCGACGUGCGAGGACAGGAAUCGGCUGAUAGAAAUUCUACCAACGGACCUGCCGUUCGAGUUGGCCAUAACCAGAAUCGACGACGAGCAUUAUUGGGAACGGUGCUCGAAGGCUAGGUGGGAAGUGAACGACCUAUCGGAGCACGGUAAUUCGUGGCGACAACGAUACUGCGAGGGCCUCUUGUGGGAGUAUCUGGAAGGUCUGGAGCCCACCUUCUUCGAGGCGCAAAAAGAAGAGUGCGAGAAAAUGUUGAAACUCGUGCAGAAUUACGUGGACGCGUUGAGGAUCGGUUCCCUCUUACCUACCAAGAAAGUCGAAAAGUCCUUGGACAACGGUGACCCGUGCCUCGCGGAAGAAGACAUCGUUCACCACGUCCCCAUGGCUGUCAUUCUCUCCCAGCUUCCUCUUCUCGUCGAGAUUCGCAUCGUGUUUGGGGUUGUUUACAUGAACGACAACUUCGAGUGGCGCGAUUUCGAGUUCUCCAUCGAAGACUGCAUCGGUCUCGGCGAGGGGAUCAAGGCAUGUUCCAACCUGAAGAAGUUCACUCUAUCUAGAAGCAAUAUGAAUCAGCCGCGUGUCGCAGCGCUGCUUCAAGGAGCGGUAGAGAACGAAAACAUAGAGGAGAUGGAUUUCUCGCACUGCAAGCUGUCGGACAAGGGCGCCCACGCAGUAGGCGAGUUUCUGUCCAUGCACAAGGGCUUGAAGGUUUUACAUUUGGCGAACAACGACAUCGGCCCUGACGGAGUGGCUGGCGUGGUGUACGGAUUGCUGAAGGCGGAUGGGUCGGUGCUGAAGCACCUGGAUUUGAGACUGAACCCUUUGCUAGACUCUGGGAUGGUUCACGUGUGCGCCUAUGUGCUGCGAACCAGCAGCUUAGAAAUGCUUAACGUGAGUGGUUGCGGAAUUAAAGCUGACGGAGCCGCUGCCCUCGCCGAAGUAUUACAGUCUGGCUGCGUCAAGUUUAAAACAUUAAUCCUUGAUGUAUCCAAUAACGAUUUUGGCGAAGCAGUGGGCGAGAUAUUCGAGGCCGCAUUGAACUCCGCGUCGUUCAUUGUUCACUUGGACGCUCGAAUGUGCAAUUUCUCCAGUCGAUCUGAAUUGUCUAUUUACGAGAGCGUGGCUAGGCACAAGGAAGAACAAAGGAGGGAGAAAGCCAAAACAAUGCUUGACCGACUGAGCACCCAUACGCAUUCCACGUACACCUACCGUUGAAAGGAAAUCCUUACUUCCACUGUGACGUCUACGAGGCAUUCAGACCACCCAACGAUAUUAUUAUUAUUAACGCAAAAUAUUUAUUCUUUUUGAUUAAUUAUACCGUAAAAUAUCGAUAAGGAUUUUCUUAAUAGCGCGCGAAAUUUAUUUGGCGAAAUUUAUUUGGCGAAAUUUAUGGGACCUGAGAAAAUUUGGUUUCAUUGUUAUCUGUUGCAUUUUUGUAGAACUCACCCGAAGUCGGAAAUGACCUUUGUAACGGAAGAAGACUAAUGAAAGGUCGGCCAACAAAAGAACAGCGGAACUAGGGUGCAGCUACUUGAAGAAACUUAUGCGAAAGCCGUGAGCACGGAUUACGGAUACUAUACAGGGAAACAAGUUCUAUCUCGAUGUACGAAGCGAAGACCUCUCCAUAUCGCCUCGUAAUUAUUCCGAAGAAUUAUAGACGCACAUAAAUUAUCUUAACCCUUUAUUUACUGGCGAAACCUAUGGGGACUUUCAAGUCCACUUCUAUGAAGUUCGUUUUUAAUUGUUGGAUGGCAGCACAAGCGUGUUUUUUUUUUGGAAGCUUGUUAGAGACAACUCUGUAAGAUGAUAUAUAACCAAGAUGGACGCCUAGAUUUUAAAAACCUUUAAAAAAUUCAGUAAAUAAACGUUGGUGCCUGAUGUAUGACCAUUACGGUUAAACCACUGCAGCUAUCCACCUUAUAUUCACGCCGUAUGUUCAAGUGGUGCUCCGGAUUUGGUUUUGUUUGCGUUAGACCCCCCUAGGUGGCGUUGGGGUAGCUUUUCUU